AUGGGCCCCGCCUCCUCCGACGGAGCUCCUACCGACGGCGGAGGCGGCGACAGCCGCAAGACGGGGGUGGCGGCCGUCCGCGUCAUUGACCCCCCCGACGGCGGCGGCGGCGGCGGCGGGGACGCCCCGCCCGUCCCUGCCGGCCCUGGGCCCGCCGCCGCAGCAGAUGCUGCUGUGCGGUGUGCUAGCCCCGGCGAUAGCGGCGGCGGUGGUGGCGGCGGAGGAGGCGCCCCCCCCCCUGGUGGUGGACUUGACGGUGAGGCCGAGCCCGAGGCUGCACGGGGUGCUGUCGACGGUGGGGACGCCGGCCGGAGCGGGGAGGGCGGAGCUGCGGCGGCGGCUGUUGCUGAAGCAAGCGGAGCAGGUGUUGGAGAUGGAGUCGUGGAAGCGGUCGCGAGCGGUGGUCAUGUCCCAGACGCAGGAGUCGGAGUGGGCGCAUCGACACAAGCAGGCCACGCUGAUGCCGCAGCUCUUAUCCCUGAACAUGGUCCUGGAGGGGGACAAGGCGUUUCGCCACCGGAGGCUGAAGGCGAGGUCGGGGCCACCCCACCGGCGGAGCCCGUCGCCCGACCCAUGCCCGCCGCCGCAGACGGCGCCGCCGCCGGCGUCGACGACGGUAGCGGGGGGUCCCGCGGCGGGAGCGACUCCAAGGGUGGGGCUGAGAAGAGGGUGGGGUUGGAGGAGGAGGAGGAGGAGAGGGGCAACUCCCGGCAGGCUCGGGGGCAGGACAGCCCGGGGCGGCCGCCGGAGGCGGCGGCCGUGGCGGCAGCGGCUGAUGACGCGGCCGCGCAGGGAGAGGAGGACCCGGCGGGACCGCCGCCGGAGGAGGGUAACGGCUCGGGACAGCAGAGCGACGGCACCGACGGAGUAGGGCCGGAGGAGGGGGCACGCACACUGGAUCAAGGAGAGAGGGAGGAAGACGAGGCCGGCGGCGGCGCCAGCAGCAGCACCGGCGACGAGUCUGCCGCCGUAGUCGGAGAGAGCGGGGGUUCCGCCGAAUCAUCUGUCCCCGUCGUGGAGGAGGGUGGCGGCGGCGGCGGCGGCGGCACCGAGCAGGAAGACGGCAGCAGCAGCAGCCCGGCGGAAGGGCCGGCCGGUAGCGCGGAGGGCGUCCCGCCCGACUCGAGCGAUCUCGAGGUCGAGGCGGCGGCAGUGGUGGUUGCGACAGGGGACGGCGAGGAGGAGGAGAAGGAGGAGGGAGAGGCGGCUGCGGACGCAGGCGAGGAAGGGCUUUCUGAGACCGGCGGGGGUUCCGCGGAUGAUGUUGUGGCGACGACCCCCCCAUCCGGGGAGGAAAACACGGCUGCUGCUGAUGCCGCCGCUUUGGAUGGCGAGAGCGGUGAACUUCAAGCCGAAGAGCCUAUCGAGGGAGAGCCAUCGUCACCGUCCACGGUUCCUACUUCGGUGGUAGGUGGAGAAGACCCGACCGCUGCUGCCGCUGCAACGGCAACGACCGGCAAGCCGACGGAGGGAGAAGAAGAGUAUCCCGAGCCUGAGGCGGGCGCAGACGCCACAGGAGCAGAAGCGGCCGCCCCAUCCGAUGACGAUACCGCGGUAGAAGCAGCAGCAGCGGUCGACAUCGAACACCCUGGUUCCUGCCCCGUGGCUCCUUUGGACAAGAAGACGACCGUCGCUGCCGCCGGCGCCGCCGGCGCCGGCACCGAUGCCCAAGAAGAGCCACCUGCCGGAUGCGGCGGUGGCGCCGUGGUGUCCUCAGUGCCGCCGACCCUACAAGCUUCGGCGGAAGAGUUCGUGGAGGAGGAGGAGGAGGAGGAGGAGGAGGAGGAGGAGGAGGUGUACGACGCCGCCGUCGGAAAAGCCAAGCAGGAGAAGGAGGAGGACGAAACCAUUGUAGCAGCAAACGAGAAGGAGGAGGAGGAGGAGGAGGAGGAGGAGGAAGAGGAGGUGGUGGUAGUGGCGAACGACGCCGUCGGUAGAGCACAGCAGGAAGUUGAGAAGGAGGCGGAGGCGGACGACACGAUCAUGGCAGCAAAGGAGAAGGAAGAGGACGACGCCGACGCCGCCGUGGUCGGAGAGGCAAACCAGCAGGAGGAGAAAGAGGGUGACGACACCAUCGUAGCUGCAGAGGAGAAGGAAGAGGAAGCGGCCGCCGCCGCCGCCGCCGCCGCCGUCGGAGAAGAAGAAGCAGCCGCGGCGGCGGCCCAGGCGUCCGCGGCCGUUGCCGGCGAGGCCCUCGGCAUCGCCGCGCGCUCAGGCUUCCUGCCCCCCGACGGCGACGACGACACUCAACUCCCCGCCGCCGCCGUUGCCGCGGUGUCGCAGGAGGCGUGCCGGGCCUUCCGCCGCGGGCGCACCUUCCACGUCAAGGUCACCGCCGGUACGCCGCAGCACGUGUGGUCGCCCCCGUCCCCACCCCCUCCCCGCGUCGGCGGAAGGGACCGCGCCUGGGGGGCGGCGGAGGCGAGCGGUGACGGUGGCCGGAUGGGUCCCGCUACCGCCACGAGCAAUGCUCUCGCCGAGAGCCGGGUGUCGCCCUUGCGCGUCUCCCACAUCACCUGGGACAGGAACGACGAGGACCUCGGAGACGACUUCGCGCUCGACCUCCCGCUGGACCUGGAGACCCUUACCUUCGCCUUCGCCUUCAACCGCCUUCCCGCCGACGGCGUCGAAAUCGACUGGCCCCCCGACCUCAAGGCCGUGCACUUCGGGAUGGCCUUCAACCCCCGCCCCGCCGCCGCCGCCAUUGCCGCCGCCGGACGCCCUUCUUCUCCCCGUCCUUCUAGCGGCGGCGAUAAGGCGGCGAUGGUCGUGCCCGCUAAGAGGUCGGGGCCGCCGCCGCCUGGAGCGGGGGCGGCGGAGUGGGCCGUUUUCUUGCCGCCGUCACUGGAAGAGGUGGUGUUCGGUGGGCAUUUCAAUCAGCCUGUGGAAGGCGUUGCGUGGCCUCCAGGGCUCAGACGCCUCGUCUUCGGAGCGAACUUCAAGCAGAAGGUCGAGGAAGCCGACUGGCCGGACAGCUUGGAGGAGAUGACCUUUGGAUCCUACUUCAACAACCCGAUCGAGCGCGUGAAGUGGCCAAAAUCUCUAAGAAAACUCGUGUUCGGGACGGGUUUCAACCAGCCGGUCGAGAAUUGCAGUUUCUCCGGCUCUCUCGAGGAGAUCGUUUUCGGUACCCACUUCAACCAGCCGGUAGCUGGUCUGAGGUGGCCCUCCUCGCUGCAGCGCGCGACGUUCGGGGACCGCUUCAACAAGCCGAUCGUGUCCUCGCCGUGGCCGACUCCCUCCCUCACGCACCUCACCUUCGGCAAAGGCUUCGAUCAGCCCUUGCCGCAAGCGGCGGACGGCGGGUGGCCCCCCGCCGGGCUAAAGUCUGUCGUCGUCGGGUCCAAGUUCUCCGGAGAUGCGGCGGAAUCAUCAUCAGCAGCAGCAACAUCCGAGGGGACCGGGGACGAGGGAGGAGGAGAAGGGUUUUCCAUCACGAGGAGGCUUUCGCCUCGGCGGGCGCGGCGUAGAGGAAGCAAGAUCGACACCGGUAGUACAGCUGCUGCUGAAGCUGCUGCUGCCGCCGCCGGUGGUGGUAUCUCCUCCGUCUCCGCCACCCCGCCCCCGCGAGUGAUGUCUGCAUCGGCGGCAAAGAAGCAACGGGAAACGCAGGUUAACCAGGCACCCCCCGGCUGA